AUGACACGAAUAACCCUAGAGAAAGGCCAUGUCUUGCGACCAUUACUGCCCCGACUGCUCCCAGCGGGGGUGAAUCCUCCUGCAUCGGACGUCGUCGUGAAGCGACUUCAACAGAAUCGUCGGAGAUUCAAUAUUACUCGCGUCGCAUGCGAACCGUGCCGAAAGCGCAAAUCCAAGUGUGAUGCUCAGCAUCCAACCUGCAGCGGCUGUGCCCGUCGCCAAGUAGAUUGCCAGUAUGAGACAUUGAGAGCUGGGGGAAGCCGGUACGAGGCAUUGAAGAGGUCAUACGAAGACGCAAAGCACGAUCUUGCAGCCUAUCGAUAUUUGAUCCAUGUUCUUACAACCGCAUCGGAAGAGGUAUCCCAGGCAAUUAUCCGACGGAUUAAGACUAGCGCCAGUAUACCGUCUAUACAUCGCUCUGUCUUGGAAGCUAGGCUGGUGCUCGAGGUACGUGAUAGUAAUCGGGAUAGACGCGCAUGCGCGCUCCCGUGA